UUUCAGACAUUUACAUGUAGACUAGGUUAUCAGACAUUUCAGGCUUCCACCCCUGAUGAGAACCACUGGUUUGACACGUGUGAUAAAACCCUCAACGAUAUUAAAAGCUGAUUUAAUUUGAUAUUUAAUUUAUUUAAUUUUUAAUUUACUAAUUUAAUUUAAUGUGGCUUUCUUUUUGGUCAUAGAUGUAAUGCUUUUUUCUAAUUAUGUUAGGUGGGAACUGAGAUGAGAAUAUUAAAUAUUCAUCAUGUUUUCCAAAUGUAAUUUAAAAUGAUUCUUUAGGCACAUGACUUGUUCGUUGACGUGAAGAGAGUUAUGGGAAUUAGCGUUGAAGCAGUUUCACUACAAGUUGUGUAGGAAAACCUGCUGCCAAAGCACAUUGUCACUGUUUACCAGUGCACUGGGUGCCUUCCCUGUCACACCCAACUUCAUUACCAUCCUAAGUGGAUAGUGAGUGAAAAAUAGCAGUCAUACAUGAUCUCUUCACUAUUUCACAUCCUGGUGUAAAAAUCAGGGAGUGGACUUGACCCGCUUGGCCAGUAACAGUACAGCGUUAGCUAAUAAAGAGCAUGCAGCCACAGUUCACUGAAAGAGUGUCGUAAUCCACGUUUGAAAUAUGUUAAAACCAAGCGUUAGUUUCAUGGCUGUCCGACACAUUCUUUAUUGCGGCAUAAAAACUCAGAGGUGAUCUGAGGGAGCGUCAUUCGCGACGUGAGCUACACAAAGAGAAGCCGAGAGAGCAGCUGUUCCACUCUGUAAACUGGGAAAAAAACGGCGCAUUAUUUUACAAAUCAUGAGGGCUGCAUCAUACACCCAGAAGAGCCUGCAGGUUAGCGGCUCCAGCGGCAGAGUAAGGGUUCAGAGCCCGUCACCUUCCCGGUGCCGUGGAUCCUCAUAUGACAACCGCGGACGCGCCGGUACUCGCAGUACUGCCAUCGAGUUGGGCACAGAGAUACAUCACCAGCAUGCCAACGAGAAAGAGGAGAUGCAGGAACUCAACGUCAAGUUUGCAGGAUACAUCGAGAAGGUCCAGGCUCUAGAGCAGAGAAAUGCGUGUCUUCAAGCCGAGCUGGCUGCACUGCAGAGCCGCUACAUGGGAGGCUCCACAGGCAUCGGAGAGGAAUAUGAGCUUAAGUUUAAAGAGGUGCGGGAACUGAUUGAGGUCCUUACCAAUGAGAAGGGAGCAGCCGAUAUCGAGCGAGGCUACAUUGAAGAAGAGGCUGAAGUGUGGAGACUAAAGCUAGAGGAGGAACUGGCCCUGAAGGAAGAGGCAGAGAUAAUCCUGAGGGAGUUUCGCCAGGAUGUUGACAAUGCCACACUGCAGAAGGCUGAGCUGGAGAAGCGUAUAGAGCAACUGGUAGCCGAGAUAGAGUUCCUCAAAAAGCUCCAUGAUGAAGAAGUGGCUGACCUCAUGAAGCAGAUCGAGGACUCAAAGAUCACAGCAGAGCUGGAUGGCGAUCGGCCUGACCUGGCCGCUUAUCUCCGCAACAUGCGUGCAGAGAUAGAAUCUGCGGCUGCCCGCAACGUCCAGGAAGCUGAGAAAUGGUACAAGAGCAAGUUUGACACCCUCAAGGAGCAUGCUGGCAAAAAUGAGACGCAAAUGAAGACCAUGAAAGACGAGAUCACAACCUUCCACAACCAAGUGUCAGAGCUGCAGAACCAGAUUGAUGGUGUGAAGGCUCGCAACGCAGCUCUGGAGCAGCAGCUGGAGGCCAUGGAAAUGUCCCACAUGGAUAAGGUGGAGAGCCUCCAGAGUAUCAUUGCUCAGUUGGAGGCCCAGCUCUGCGAAACCAAACUAGAGAUGACAAAGUAUCUCCAAGACUACCAGGACCUGCUGCACAUUAAGCUCAAGCUGGAUGCAGAGAUCGCCACCUACAGGAAGCUGCUGGAAGGGGAGGAGCAUAGGCUUGGAAUUGACAAAAUUGUCUAAAGCAGCGACCAGCAGAGCAUUGUGGAGUGGAGAGAUCAGCUCAUACUCGUGAAACAGAUUCUUCCAAUCUUCCAAUUUUCCGCCUACUUUACCAUCCUUACUCCAAGGGCUGGGUAUUGUUUGAAAUGUUUCGAUACCGAUGCCAAUUUGUUUUUCAGUCCAGAUGCCUAAAUGACACUGGGGAUAUGUUAUUUUGUACAAAACAUUUCUUUGGACAAGGAAACUUAUACCAAAUGUAAAAUGCUGUCCAAACACAUGUUCUUUGUGUUCUUUGACAAGAACUUUGCCCAAUUAGAACAUUCUAAAAUUUGCAAAAUAUUGAUUCAACAAACUGAGGAAAAACAAAGACCUACACUCGUUAGGUGUCCACCCUCUACAAAAAAGAAAAUUGAAAGCAGUUGGUGUCUGAUUUAAAAAAUAAUGGGCUAAACAAGAUUUACGUGUCUAUUGAAUCCAGCUUUCCGUCCUUGAGCUUUUUUUGGGGACACAUUGAGAUUUGAUACCCAGCCCUUCUUACCAUUUUACUAUCCUUGCCAUACCCUGACCCCAUUAUCCUUACAUAUUUGCUCUACAUCCCUCCAAGUUCUUUAAACUUCUCAAAACAACCCUCCUGUCUUCCCAACUCUACCCUGCCACCUCCAGCAUCCCCCCUGGAUCCAGUUUAAUGACCCUCAGCUCUCCUUAGUUGGAUUUUUUCCCCCUACAACACCCUUGUUUAAUUCACCUUCCCCUUUUCUUGCCAAAUCAACCCCACCGUUAUACUGCUCUCCCCACUUCUGCCACUUCCCGUUGCUACAUCUGCUUACCUUUUGCCGCCACUGCUUCUCUUGAUAAACAUUUAGGAUCUCCCCUCCUUUUACAAAAUACACUUUUGUCCUGCUGUGAGGUUUCACCUCUCAACCCAAACAAAGCAGAGCCGAUGCCAUCAGUGUUUUGACUUGUCUUUACAGUUCCACACUGAAUGUUUUGACAGGACUCAACUAUUGACUAUUUACACUAAUGUUGACCAAUUGUUACAUAAUAAAGAUUGAAGUGAGUGCAUUCUAAAAUAA